GUCAGUUAUUCUGUCAAUCAAUAAAGCACAACGACAUAAACUCCAUAAUAAUAACAUAGUUAUGUUUUUCUCACUUGGAAUAUCUAUUUUGAACGUAAUUAUCUCCUAAUAUUGUAAAGUUAUAUUUGUCAAACAUCGUCAUAAACAAAGUGUAAUGCAAAAAUAAUAAUAUAAAUAUUCUAAAGUAGUCUCCAUUCGACAAUCGCCGUGAGUAUGACAGCCACUACAGUUACCUGGUCUAUGGGACCGGGUACUUACGAAGUGCCUUUGUCAUUAUUUGCUACCAACAGACAGAGACUUGCUGAGAAAUUGCAACCUGGUCAAGUUGUAUUGUUACAAGGAGGCGAUAGUAUAAAUCAUUAUGACACUGACGUGGAGUAUGUUUUUAGACAAGAAGCAUAUUUCACCUGGAUAUCUGGAGUGCGUGAGCCAGGAUGCUACUUUGCUCUAGAUGUAAAAACAAGAAAAGGACAUUUGUUUGUACCACGAUUACCUGAGGAAUAUGAAGUCUGGAUGGGGAAACUACUAACAUGUGAUGAGUUCAAAAAAAUAUAUGCCGUUGAGGAAGUCCAUUAUGUAGAUGAGUUGCGGGAUGUACUCAAAAGUUUGAAUGCAGAAUCACUUUUGACAUUAAGUGGACCAAACACAGAUAGUGGGCUAACAGCUAAAGAAGCACUUUUUGAAGGUAUAGAUGAAUUCAAAGUGGAUAAUGAAAUAUUAUUUCCAAUUAUAGCAGAAAUUCGCGUUAUCAAGACUCCAGAGGAAAUUGAAGUGAUGCGUUAUAUAUGCAAAGUGUCUUCUGAUGCUCAUAAACAGGUGAUGCUAUACACAAAGCCUGGACUAAUGGAGUAUCAAUGUGAGUCAAUAUUCCUGGACCAUUGCUACCGAGUGGGAGGCUGCCGCCACGUAUCCUAUACCUGCAUUUGCGGUUCGGGCGGCAAUGCUGCGACUCUACAUUACGGGCACGCAGCCGCGCCUAACAGCAAACGCAUUAGAGACGGCGAUAUGUGUCUAUUCGACAUGGGAGGUAAUUACGCAGGGUAUGCAGCCGACAUCACGUGCUCCUUUCCAGCCAAUGGCAAAUUUACAGCUGACCAGAAACUUAUAUACGAGGCAGUCUUGUUUGCCAGGGAUGCCGUUAUAAGAGAGGGAAAACCUGGUGUGCUGUGGCCGGAAAUGCAUUUAUUAGCCAAUCGAGUUAUGCUAGAACAUUUGAAAAAAGGUGGCUUGUUGAAGGGAGAUGUGGAGGAAAUGAUCAAGAGCGGCGUGAACGGCAUCCUGCAGCCGCACGGGCUGGGCCACCUGCUGGGGCUGGACGUGCACGACGUGGGCGGGUACCUGGCGGGCUGCCCCCCGCGCGCCGCCGCCGCGCCCCUCUCUCGCCUGCGCACCGCACGCAGCCUGCAGUCGCGCAUGCUGCUCACCAUCGAGCCCGGCUGCUACUUCAUACCCAGGCUGCUCGAUGGCGCUAAAAACAACCCAGCACAGUCGCAGUUCUUCAACUGGGACGUAGUAGACCGAUUCCGCGGAUUUGGCGGAGUACGGAUCGAAGAUGAUGUUCUCAUCACAGAUGAUGGUGUAGAGAACCUGACCUUUGUGCCAAGAACGGUUGCUGAGAUUGAAGACUUUAUGGCUAAUGGAGCAAAUUUCAAGUAAUAACAAUAUAUAAAUCAUAUAUCUAACACAUGUAUACUAUAUAGAUUAGUAAGCGACAACUGUGUCUGACUUGCUGAUAAAUUAAUAAUAUUGUAUAUUUAAUGUUAAUACUGAUGUAAUAUGAAGGUAUUAAAUAAGUAAUAACCAUGUAAAACAUUUUUAUAUAUUUAUAUAACUGAGCAAAAACAUGUGC